AUGGCGCCCACAAAAUGGGAUGCGGAGUGGAUCAAGUUCGCGAAAACCAUAAGCGACCCUCCAACCCUCCCCGACGAAGAAACCGAAGCCAAACGCCAAAUCGUCAACACCAUCCUCACCGAGCUGCCUAGACUCCUUCCUCCGCCUCCAUCGAACAUCACCACAAGUCCGUCUUUCCCCUCCCAUUCGCACCUCACACCUGCUGACCCAGCCGUGCGGUCGACAGAAGAUCUCACCCUUCCCUCGGGCCCAGCAGUCCGGAUUUACACCCCCACGCACCCCUCCUCCAGCCCAACAGCAGCCUCCCCACUCAUCCUCUUCGCCCACGGCGGUGGCUGGUUCGCCGGGAAUUUAGAGACGGAAGACCGCAGCUGCCGCAUCCUAUCCUCCCGAACGUCCAGCGUGAUCGUUUCCGUGGACUAUCGCUGCGGUUUCGGGGUCCCCCUCCAGUCAAUGGUCGAUGACUUGUACGCUGCAUUCACCUGGUCCCGCUCCAACGCCACCACUCUCGGUGCUGAUGCGGGGAAGGUGGUGUUCUGGGGAGGAAGCGCAGGCGGCGCGCUUAUUGUCGCGCUCGCGUACCGUCUUGUCCAGGAAGGGCGCGGAGCAGCGAUAAAGGGGUUACUCUGCAUGAACACCAUCGUGCUCCACCCAUCCGCCACGCCCGAGGCGUACAUACAUCUCAUGCGUUCGUAUGAAGAGAAUGAUGGGCCAUUGCCGUUCGUCGCCGGUAAGGACACGUUGAAGCUGUACAAAUCCCGCGACCUCGAACCGCCCAACACGCCGAUCGCUCUGUUCCCUACUGCGUAUGGGCCGGGGGCGAUGAAGGGGUUCCCGCCGACGUGGAUUAUUACCAGUGGGAACGAUGCUUCGAGGGACGAUGGGACGGUAUUGGAGGCUGUGUUGCGGGAUGCGGGCGUGAGGGUGAAGAUGGAGAAUGUGGAGGGGUUGGCGCAUUAUUUCUGGGUGUUCGAUUUGCCCAAGGCGAAUGAGCGGUUUUGGGACGCUAUGGUGGGAGGUGUGGCGUGGGUGUUGGGUGGUUGA